AUGAAGCUUUCUGUGACACUCGCCACCACCCUCGUCGGUCUCGCUGCAGCCGCGCCUCAGAACGACCCUGUCCCCGAGGAGCUAGCGGCCAAAGUAGAAGAGGUCUUGAGGCAGGUAGAAGUCAAAAACAAGGAAGCCGACAACGGGGGAAUAGGAGGCACCAUCAACGAUGUGGUCAAACAAAUUGUCCCCCAAGCGGCCGGCAACCUAUACCCCCCAAUUGGGCAGGGAGCCAGCAUCGUGGCCCUUCUCGCAACGUCAGAGUAUAAAUUCGACGAAGCAAACGGCAAGGAGUGGCUCAAGAACCUAGGCGGCCUAGCACUUUCGUUUCUCCCUAAAGUCGCUACUCUCGGCAAUCUGCCCGGCUUCAUCGGCAUGAUAAAGACCAUUGCCACUGGUAUCGAGGCAGCUCAGUUCCCCGAACUUACGGCCAAACGAGCCGCAGCAGCAAAAUGCUUUGCGGACAAUAGCCAAAAGACAUACAACGAUGUUUGCGCCAACUGCAAACCAGAGCUGGCCAUGUCGCUGCUCGCCCGACUAAACAAAUGCACCGACGAGAACGUCGUCAGCCGAAACGCCUACGAGGACAACAAGUUUGCCCAGAGCUUCUGCGGCACCGUCCUGUGCUCCGGCCACAAGGAAGGAGACAUUGACAACAUCAUCAAGCAGGGCUUCCGGUACGAUCCCGUCCGCGCCUUCUGGUGCAAGGAGAAGGAGGAGAUUAUUGGCAUGAUUAUGAGCCCCUGGAUCGGCCAGCCGCUGCUGGAAAAUUACCACAAGCUCGACCACGAGGACUUGAGGGAGGCUCUGACGGAGCCGUGCCAGCAGCUUUUCAAGGUGCAGGGCUUGCAGAUUGACGGCGUGUGCCCGACGAGGGCUGAGUUUGAUGAGGCGAACACGCGGUCUGUUCCGCAGAGCUUCUGCGCGCCCGGGAAGAAGAUUACCCCCCAGUCGUGA